CACCUGAUUUGCCAUCUUCUUCCUCUCUCUGCCAUCAUGACAGCCAUUGAGUUGCUGGUUUGCUGUCUGCUGCCGCUAGGACUGCAUGGUCAGGAAUAUCUACUACAGAUGGAGCCCCAGAACCCACUGCUUCCUGGGGGAGGGACACUCACCGUGAACUGUAGCACGAACUGUCCGGAUCCUGAGCUCAUCAACUUGGAGACGUCUCUAUCAAAGGAGCCCAUCGGCGAGGGUGUGGGCUGGGCAGCUUUCCAACUUAUCAAUGUGACUGUUGACAGCCAACUCCUCUGCUCUGGCUACUGUAGCGGUGUCCAGAUAACUACCACCUCGAGCAUUACUGUGUACAAAUUACCCGAGCGUGUGGAGCUGGCCCCCUUUCCCCUCUGGUACCCAGUGGGAAGAAACUUCACCCUGCACUGUCAGGUGAUAGGUGGGGAGCCACGGACGCAACUUUCAGUGGUGUUGCUCCGUGGGGAAGAGGAACUGGUCCGGAAGCCUGUUCUGGGGAACGCUGGGGUUGUGAUGGCCACAUUGUUGGCAGACAGAAGUGACCAUGGUGCCAAUUUUUCAUGCCGCGCAGAACUGGACCUGCGGCCACAUGGACUGGCCCUGUUUCAGAAUACCUCGGCUCCCAGGCAGCUCCGAACUUUUGCCCUGCCCAUGACUCCCCCGAGCCUUGUGGUCCCCCCAAUCUUGGAGGUGGGAACGUUGAAUGCGGUGGACUGCACUUUGGAUGGGCUGUUCCCGGCUUCUGAGGCUCAGGUCCAAAUGACACUGGGAGACAGGAUGCUGAAUACUACAGUCACCAGCCACGGGGACUCGCUCAGGGCCACGGCUGCAGCUACAGCCCACGCAGAUCAGGAGGGUGUCAAAGAGAUUGUCUGCAUCGUGAGCCUUGGCGGCCACAAUUUCCAGGCUCAGGAGAACUUGACUAUCUUCAGCUUCCUUGGACCCAUAGUAAGUCUGAGCGAGACCAACAUCACCGAGGGUUCCAAGGUAAAUGUAACUUGCACAUCUGGGGCCAACACUCAGGUCCUGCUGGAUGGUGCUCCGGUCCCUCCUCCUGGGAAGCCUGCCGAGCUUCAGCUGCAUGCCCGGGAGAGCGAUGACGGGCGGGAAUUCUUCUGCAAGGCUACUCUUGAGGUGGAAGGAAUUAUUUUGUACAGGAACGCUACGGUCCAGCUGCAUGUCUUUUAUGGACCCAAGAUUGACCGUGCAAAAUGUCCCCAGCGCUUUGCGUGGAAAGAUAGGACUACCCAUAUCUUGCAGUGCCAGGCCCGGGGCAAUCCAGUCCCGCACCUACAGUGUUUGCAGGACAGCUCCAGGCGUGAGGUGCCCAUUGGAAUACCAUUCCUCGUCAACUUAAGUCACAAUGGCACUUAUCAAUGCCAGGCGUCCAGUCCAAGGGGCACGCACACCUUGCUGGUGGUGAUUGACGUUCAAGGUCGGAACCUCAUCUGGAUCAAUAUCUUCAUAGGAGUGCUAGUGAUCCUAGGUGUGGUGACUACAGCGGUGGCGUUAUUAUACAUCUUCUGGUUGCAGAAACGGAAGGCCACCUACCACCUUAAACAUCCAAGCACCUCUGUGCCCCUCAGGGCCCUUCAGUCUGAAAAUACAGCGGGGAAAGAGGCGCUCUGAGCUGCGGAUGCUGAAAUCCUGCAAGGGCGGCAGGGGUUUUGGCUGUAUCAGGGUCCCGCAAAUAAAGCCU